AUGGUAGAUUUCAUGGGUGUUCCACAACCCAAACGGAGAAAUAACCAAACCUCUUAUCGAGAGGGAGAGCCCAUCCUAGAACGUAUCCAAAAUGCGGUGCCUCCGCCUGGUGCAACCACUACUGGCGUGACUCCUCCGUCUGGUGCAACCACUGCUGGCGUAAUUCCCCCACAGAGAACAACAACAGUCGAAAGGAAUCCGAUAAUAGAUUUGGAGCCUUCGAAUCAAAGAACUGUCCCCGUUCGACAAGAGUUUGAGGAGGAAAGACCCAAAUUAAGGAUAGUAGGUAGGGACGAACACCCAGACGAAGUGGUUCAGAGAGUCAGGAGAGAAAACUUAGCCACAAAAAAUAAUUUAACUGCCAUGAUAGAGAGAGUUAUGGCAAAUAAUGGCCUCAAUACUGGGCUUCGACGUCCAAAUUAUACAUCUUCCAUAGCGGAUUAUAUCAUGCAAACAGAGUUGCCAAGGGGCACCAAAGUGCCAAAAUUUACUAAGUUUUCGGGAGACACGAAUGAAUCAACAAUAGAACAUAUUGCUAGGUAUCUGACGAAGCUGGAGACUUAG